UUUCCCUCUCAUUUGUGCCGGAACCCUCGAGGUGGUUGUGUUUCGUCCGUUCAACGUCUUAACAGUUUCGUUCAUUUUGUUUACAUUCUAACUGUGUUUAAAAACAAUCCAACAUGUUCGAAGCACGUUUAGUCAGCAGUUCUAGCUUCAGAAAAGUUCUGGAUGCUAUUAAGGAUUUGCUCAAAGAAGCAUCCUUUGAUUGUUCUGAAUCUGGAAUUCAGUUACAAGCCAUGGAUGAUGCCCACGUUUCUCUCGUAUAUUUAACUUUAAGAUCCGAUGGUUUCGACAAAUAUAGAUGUGACAGGAACCUUACAAUGGGAAUGAACAUUGAAAACCUGUCCAAAAUCUUCAAAUGCUCCAGCAACGACGACAAAGUGACCAUGAAGGCCCACGAUGAUGCCGACACAGUCAUCUUUACCUUCGAGUCCAAAAACCAAAAGAUCUCUGACUACGAGAUGAAAUUGAUGAACUUGGACCAAGAGCACCUUGGCAUUCCAGAGACUGAAUUCUCUUGCGUUAUUCGCAUGCCGUCAGGCGAAUUCGCGAGAAUCUGCAGAGAUUUGUCGCAAUUUGGUGAAUCGAUUGUGAUUUCCUGCACCAAGGAGGGAGUCAAAUUCUCCACAUCCGGCGAUAUUGGCAGUGCCAACAUCAAGUUGGCUCAGAACAACAACUUCGAUAAGGAGGAGGAAUCUGUUACCAUUGAAAUGCAAGAACCUGUCACUCUUACUUUUGCUUGCCGAUACCUAAAUUUCUUCACCAAAGCCACACCAUUGUCCAACCAAGUGCAGCUGUCCAUGUCUGACAAUGUCCCAUUGGUAGUGGAAUACCAGAUCCCUGACUUGGGACAAAUUUGCUACUAUUUGGCACCAAAGAUUGAAGAGGAUGAAAACUAAUUUAAUUGUAUUAUAUAUUUUUAUUGUCUCUUUUAAGUCUGUACUGUUGCAAAACGGAAAAUUAUUACGUAUUAAUGUUUUACUACUAGUGGUGCCCAAUUAUUUUUAUACAAAAUAAAAGUUAUUUAUUAA